AAAGGUUAAACCCCGAGACAAAAACCUCAAACUCAAAACUAACGACGACCCACCGAACCUAAGCACACAAACAGAGAGUUAGAGACGAAAUCCUCAUCUCACCAAUGGCGAAGCUGAAGACGAGCAUUGAUUCAUCGUUCUGGGACUUCAACGUGGCGUCCCCUCAGCUGCACGAAGGAUGGGUCAAGUCCGUUCCGGGCGACCCGUUUCCGUUGGACGGCUCCGUCGCCAGCAGAGUGCUCCGGCCACGACAGCUCUCCGUCAUCGGAAACGGGUUGCCUCUUCCCGUCAUCGUUCCCUCGCUCUCUCCCACUUCGCCCAAGGACUUGGGUUCCUUCUGUCUCCAGUCCCUCCUCCUCAAACUAGCUAAUCCUCGCUGGUGGCUUACCAUGACUGGACAGUUUCGUCCCAGGAAGCUGAUUGCUGAUGUUAAAAAUGAGAUCUCUAAUGCUGAAGAAUUUGAUCUCUCCACAGUCAAGGAUGUUGCGAAGCAUUUCAUUAACAAGUCACUUUAUUCUUUCGGGUUAACCUCACAAUUCGCUUUUCCUCCUUCAACAUCCUUGCUGCUUGCUAUAGAAGGCCAUGGUGAAAAAGAAAGAUUGCGCAGCAAAGUGAUGGUUUUUCACAAGCUUCCUGAUCAUGACCUUACGUUGGAAGCAGCAUGGCCUCAAUUAUUUGUUGACCACAAAGGAAAAUAUUGGGAUGUCCCUGAGUCUUUAUCUGUUGAUUUGUCAUCCCUUGUGUCCGAAUCUGGAUUGCGAUACCACAUUGGGAUGCAUAAAAACAGUGUUAAUCCCCAGGCAAUGAAUGCAACCAAUGGUAACCCACCACUGUCUCUACUGCCAGGGUUAUGUGCGAAGGUUGCCGUUAGUUAUGAGAAGAUCAAAUACUUCUGGAGAGAUAAGGGUGCUGCAGAACAAGAGAAUGAAGAGGCGCUUCCAUAUGAUGUGCGCCUUAAGGAACCUCAUGCAGCAGUAUCCGGAAUUAUUGGUAGCACCUUUGCUUCCUGGAUUUGGAAUGGAAGGAGCUUGUCUAGCAUUGAUUCCAGAGAAGAUCCAGAGGUGUCAACAAGCAAGAGAUCUCGACAUAAUGCUGAUUUGUUUGGCUCAGUUUGCUACUCCUUUCAGCAUGGCAAAUUCACAAAAAAAUAUGGGGACUUAACCAGGGUAGAUGCUCGUUUAGAUAUAUCUUCAGCUUCAGCAUUUGCAAAGAAGAUUCUGAAUGGUUCCAGUAGUUCAACUGCUUAUGUUAGUGAACAACCAUCAGCCUCACCCCGGCUGAAUUUAAUCUUUCAACAGCAGGUUGCAGGGCCAGUUGUUUUUCGAGCUGAUUCCCGGAUUGCCCUCGAGUCUUUCGCCAGGAAAAACGGUGUGUCAGUUGAGGAUUUCAUUUGCAGCCUGAGUUACUCCUUGAAGGAUCUUGAAUCUGGAAAGAUCGUUGCUUGGUACUCUCCAAAAAGAAAAGAGGGAAUGGUUGAGUUUCGCAUGUAUGAGUUUUAGAAGAAUGCAACCUUCACAUUUUUGUAACUUGUGCUUAGAGACCCUUGAAUGCAAGAAGCCCCACAUCCACAUGUUGCUUUAAAAGAUUCAUUUAUUAUUUAACAUUUGAUCUACUGAAACUCAGCAUCAUUGAUUUUGUAAUGCCAAAAAGUUUAGUUAGUUGCUUUGUUUUUUAUUCAUCUUUAGCAGCAGGACUAGCAAAGCCAGGUACAUUUGACAUAUAAAAUUCAAAGGUGAAUCAAGAUAGCACGCUUGAGAUAGGGUGUAA